GAAAGAAAGCAAAACAAAAUCAGGUUUAGGACCAAGGGAAGGGAACGUAGCAAGCCACAGCGCAGGAUAACUGGGCGCACACAGGCACGUAGGCUCCCCUGCAAGGAGACAGCAGGUUGUAACCGACUACCCGGAGAACGCGGAGCUCCCGAGACAGGAACUUUAAAAGGAUUGAAAUCUGUUGCCUGUUCCACUAGGAAUAUUGUUUGCAAGGCACAAGGUGUCUUUUGGUAGUGAGUACCCUCUGCGCAUGCGCAGGUCCAUUCGGGAAUUACUGCCCAGCCGCCGACUAAGUUGCAUUCCUUGAAUCUUCGCAGAAAAGACAAUUCUUUCAUCAGAGUUAGGAAUGUGGACAGUACAAAAUCGAGAGAGUUUGGGGCUUCUUUCUUUUCCUGUGAUGGUUGCCAUGGUUUGUUGUGCGCACAGCUCCAAUGAACCCAGCAACAUGUCAUACGUGAAAGAGACAGUGGAUCGUCUGCUCAAAGGAUAUGACAUUCGCUUGCGGCCCGACUUCGGAGGGCCCCCGGUGGACGUCGGGAUGCGGAUCGAUGUCGCCAGCAUAGACAUGGUCUCGGAAGUGAAUAUGGAUUAUACACUUACCAUGUAUUUCCAGCAGUCUUGGAAGGACAAGAGGCUUUCAUAUUCUGGAAUCCCGUUAAACCUGACCCUUGACAACAGGGUAGCUGACCAACUCUGGGUACCAGACACCUACUUCCUCAAUGACAAGAAAUCGUUUGUGCAUGGGGUCACAGUGAAAAACCGAAUGAUAAGGCUGCAUCCUGAUGGAACGGUCCUCUAUGGACUACGGAUUACAACCACCGCAGCAUGCAUGAUGGAUCUUCGAAGGUACCCUCUGGAUGAGCAAAACUGCACCCUGGAGAUUGAAAGUUAUGGCUAUACCACUGAUGACAUCGAGUUUUACUGGAAUGGAGGAGAGGGAGCAGUAACCGGGGUCAAUAAAAUCGAGCUUCCUCAGUUUUCAAUUGUUGACUACAAGAUGGUGUCCAAGAAGGUGGAGUUCACAACAGGGGCAUAUCCACGACUAUCACUAAGUUUCCGCCUAAAGAGAAACAUCGGUUACUUCAUUUUGCAAACCUACAUGCCUUCCACACUGAUUACAAUUCUGUCUUGGGUGUCAUUUUGGAUCAACUAUGAUGCAUCUGCAGCCAGAGUCGCGCUAGGAAUUACCACUGUGCUGACAAUGACAACCAUCAGCACUCACCUCAGGGAGACUCUGCCAAAGAUUCCUUACGUCAAGGCGAUUGAUAUCUACCUGAUGGGCUGCUUUGUGUUUGUGUUCCUGGCUCUGCUGGAAUAUGCUUUUGUAAAUUACAUUUUCUUUGGAAAAGGCCCUCAGAAGAAGGGAGCAAGCAAACAAGACCAGAGUGCCAAUGAAAAGAACAAACUGGAGAUGAACAAAGUCCAGGUCGACGCCCACGGCAAUAUUCUUCUCAGCACUCUGGAAAUCAGGAACGAGACCAGCGGCUCCGAGGUACUCACGGGUGUGAGUGACCCCAAGGCCACCAUGUACUCGUACGACAGCGCCAGCAUCCAGUACCGCAAGCCGCUGAGCAGCCGCGAGGGUUUCGGGCGCGGGCUGGACAGGCACGGGGUGCCAGGCAAGGGGCGCAUCCGCAGGCGUGCCUCGCAACUCAAAGUGAAGAUCCCUGACUUAACUGACGUGAACUCCAUAGACAAGUGGUCCCGAAUGUUUUUCCCCAUCACAUUUUCUCUUUUUAAUGUCGUUUAUUGGCUUUACUAUGUCCACUAAAGUCAGUCUCAUGGUUCGGUUUAGACUAUCUUCCUUGGCUUGUUUUCUAACCCCACACUCUCCCAACAGCGAUUACUGCUGUGGUUUUUGGAGGUCAGAGAUUCAGCCAUCCAAUUGGUUUUUGGUAUUGCGUGUCAGUUUUUAUUAUCACACCAUGUUUACUUCAGCAACAACAAAAGGUAUUUGUUCGUGUACACAGUGGUCCAGGUUACUAGCUCUCUUUCAGCAUUCCAUCAAUUGCUUUGUUUACAAACACAAAAGGAGAUGCGUGGUAGCUACUGUUGGUAGUCUUUCCUAGUCACCCUGGAUCUCACUGAAUAAUUUAAAAAUGAAAAUGUACAGUGGACUUGCUGUCCACCAGCACUGUGUUCUGAGAAAGCUGUAAUCAUCUCAUUCUGCCAAAAAAUAAUGAUUUUUUAAUGACAGGAAAAAAAAACAACUAACUUCAGCAUCUCAGAUGAAAAAGCCAUUUGACAAAUAGCAGGUUUUCAGGAAGCAGGGAUAUAGCAGACAAUUCCCCUCCCUUCUGAAGUUCUCCUGGGUCCCUUCUAGAAAGGCUUCUCGACUCUACAAAAGAGGGACAUCAAAGCUAGUGUUAGUCACCUUUUUCCCCAAACUCACCCUACUGUGUCCAUCUAACAAUGACCGUGGCUAUCCUUAAAAGUGUUUCUUUCUCAAACUGCCCAGAUGGUCAAAGUUAGCAUUCGAAUCCAACCUGAUCUAUCUGGUAGUCACUGAGAACAUUUUUCUUUCCUUGUCAACAAUAAGAAGUUUGGGGGACAAUCAAUCUUUUCCUUGCUGACCAUUAUGGGAAGCAGCCUUGCCUGGCCUUUGUAAACUUUGGACUCUCUUGAUGCCAUGAAAACCAUGUGGUCAUAUUUCCACAGUCCCUGCUCCAGAAAGAAAGAGAGAAAGGACAUGUGGGGUCCAGCUGGUAAAGGAUUUGAAGGAGGUGAAGACCAAUUUUUUUUUCCCUUGAGGAAAAAAAAUGCUAUUUCUCUGAGCAAGGCAAGACUUAUGUGUUAUGAAAAGGUGCCUGGGCAGUUAUCCGCACUGCCAAAUCUUAAGUCAAAUUGUAUGUAUCGCCUAGCCUUCCACAGAGCAGUGUCUAAUAGGGAUAAGCUCAUCACACAGGACUCUCCUGAAACUUUUUUGGUCUGUUUUCUGAGCUCUGCAUUUCAAACUACAAAAUGCAUGGCCUGGGGAAUGCUCAUCCACCAUGUCAGUGUCUUCCUCCAAAGCCAGAUUUCCAGCUUAAAGAGACCUUUAAAGUAGCAAAAACACAGAGAGAAGAAACUCAUCACAACAAAACACUGAGCCUUUAAUCAUGUGCACUGGCCCCUGAAGUGUGGACCCUGCCUGUCUACACGCAUUAAUCACUGUCAUUGCUCAGCCUCGUCUGUGCUGAUGCGUGAUUCUGGGUCAUGGGUCUCAUGACUUUCAAUAAAGCGACGCAAUUGUAAACACGCUCAACAAGCUGCUGCUGAGUCCUUCCCAUUUUUAUGCCAUUAAAACCUCGUUUGCUUUCAGAAUGAGUUUGUAAAAUUAUAUAUGUCUAUUUGCAAGGUUGAGUGAGGGUACAAAUUGACCAGCCAUGGAUGGAGGCCACGAUCCGUGCAUGUGAUGAGGAAUCUGAAGGGCUAAUCAAGAUGACUGCCUCGUGUGAUAGUCUGGCUCUCCUCUCCAAAGAGAACCAAUGUGCAGAGAAGCGAGAGCUGUUAAAAAUAGAGUCAAUUGGAAAGGGAAAGCUGGAAUUCCUAAGAAUGAGUCCAAGGGGAUAAUAUGAAAAAUACAUUUAGAAAGCAAGAGGAAAAGAAAACCCUUAAAUAAGCGAGAGUGGCUGGAUUAAUAACAGACACUAGUGAAAAUAGAAAAGCCCACUCCACCUUAGGAAAAAAACAAACUGAUCACCCCAACUUCUUGAGGAGCCCUGCGAUUUUGAGGACAAAUUCUCAUUUAGGUUUUCAGGAAGUGUAAACACGCUUCCCAGGCUGAGCUAUGCUCAUCCUAUGGUUACAGGGUCAUCCAUAGGAAGCUCUGCUCGGUUCCCAAGGCUGAGAUGCCAUGCCAUGCACAAUGCUAGGGCAGAGUGGAAUGGAAUGGGGGUUCCUGUUGCCAAUGAAUACCCAGGAGCUACCAUGCGGCCGUUUAUUUUAAACAUAGGAAGGGAAAUAUGUGCCUGAUGUUGAACAGAAAUUAAUCAUUGUGAUGUCAAAGCUGUUUAAAAGGCUUUCAAGAAAGAAAUACUCAAUCAGAGACAAGUGUCUCCUUAGAUCUUCUCAUAGAAGAUUGUGAUCAUUUGGUUUUCAGUUCUAUAUUGUCCUUUUUAAAAUCUAAAGUGAUUUUGUUGUAGUUUCAGAUAUAAAUCAUCUUUUGCAGGGAAAAAAAAACAUUUUGAACUCCUACAUUUUAACCUUUUAAAAUGUAAAAUGAUUGGACCUGAACUGCCCACUGGACAUGAAAUGAUAUGGGGAUCACAGACAUCAGUAUGCAAAUCCAGUCAAAUGGCUUUGAUCUCAGAGGCAAUGGCAGCCCACAGCCUUGAAGAGCUGUCACACUUGUGGGGCAAGAUCUUUGUCAUAACUUCUGAACACCUCCCAGACUACUCCACUCCUCUCUGUUCCCUUCCCAAGCCAAACAGUAACAGGGAAGCACCUUCCUUCUCUGCCAUUCUCCCUCUUCUUGCCCUAAAUAUUGUAAAUACAAAAUAAACAUCAUUAAACAUUCUUAAAUGUUCUCACACUGGCCCCAUUGGUUGAAAGAUUUCGCUUACAUUAUACAAAAAUUAUUGUUUAACUAUGAUUAAAUUGAUUUCUUUUUGCCCUGAAAAUAGCCGUCAUCCCCUCCAUCAAGGAAAGAAAGAAAUUGAAAAUGACAGACUCCCUCCCUUAUGCCUCAUUCACACCCAGAGAACCCCGUCUUUCACAGUUCAACUGUGAGACUGAUUGUGUGGAAGACUUACCCUGCUGUGGGAAGAGUAGACAUCACACCUUUUACUUGACAAUAAUCGCACACUCAUCCCUUCUUCCCAUAUUUUUUUUCCCUUGGCUUAAAAUAGCAGAUGUUCCUUCCAGUUAGCAGUUCUCUGAGGCAAAGACCCAGAUGAAGGCUCAUUUCUGCUUGAAUAAUCCAGGAUUAGUAUCGCCAUCACCUCUGUUGCCAAACAGGAACAGCAGCUGGCUGGCAAGACUGCUGAGUGAGCAGCCUGUGUCUGUGUGCACGCUACCUUCAUUGUGCAUUGCAGUCAAUGAUGGAGCUUAAGAAAUUCAGUGAGAAAAAUGUGGUGCAGAAAAAGAGUAAUGGCUUUAGGGUCUGAAAAGACGGGCUUUCCUUUAAAAAAAAAUUGACAAAAUUCUAUGGUCCUAAACCAACGACUAUCUUAUGAAUAUUUGUUUAGACAGGUUUUAUUACAAUCUGCCAAGUUAAACAAAAAAAGGAUAUAGCAUAGUCCUUCUAGAAGAAGAGUCUCCAAGAUUUCUCAUGUCCCAAAUUCUGGAUGGUAUCUUGUCAAAGGGUGAUGCGUCGCCAUUUGUUUAUUAAAAUAUCAUCAUGUAUCCUAGGAAAAGGUGAAAGGAAUGUGCAAGCAUUUGCUCAAGACGGUUCAAUCAGCUGUUUCUGGGAUGAACAGAAGAGAAAAACAUGUAUCUGAAAGAAAACGCAAAGGUACAUCGGAUAAUGGAACGUGGGCUAUUGUGUAAACUUCCUUGUAAAUUCUGUACAUAGUUCACUGAGCUGUUCCCUGUGAUGUGCUGGUCCUCGACUUUGGGUGGAUGUUUGGAAAACCUGAUAUUGUAAAUAAUGUAAGCUUAUGAAGUAUUUGCUUUUACUCAUAAAGUGAAAUGAUUAGUGAUUUGGGCCCAAAUCAGAAUCUCUCCAGCUCUUGCUCUUUCAUGCAUACAGUUGUGUGGCUCUGCUGUAAGCCAUAGCCAGGUGUCUGUGAUCACUGCCUCAUGCCUUUACCCACUUUAAGGGACAGCAGCUGCCUAGAAGGCUGCCAACCUGUGGGGCCAAAGAACAGAGCACCAGCAGAAAUCGGAACUGAGCAAUGUGCUCCUUGAACAGUCACGAAAAGCAGAUAAGUUGUUUUCACUCACUGUGGCUAUUUGUAUCAUCAAGAACUGAAUUACCGAUGCUGUUCAAGGGGUCAGGGAUUGAGGGGAUGCUUAAAACCCACAGGUAAUCCAAAGCUUCAUUUGCACCAAUAACUUUAGCUUCUAAACUAUGUUUUCUAGAACUUCUCUAAUAAGAUUAAAAAUGAAUAGAAUAGUUGGGUUUCAUCAGGGUGGACAAGAAACAUCUGAAGGAUAGGCAGGGGUGCAGAGAGAGACAACACUUUGAUAGCACUGGUUGGCAGACACACACCUGACAGACACAGAGGUAACCAUGUCCUUACUUUCAAAGGUAGAGAAAAAGUCUGGUGUGAACUGAUUGAGAAGGCAAACAAAAGCAUUUAACAAGGGGAAGGGCACGUGCAGUGUGAGCUGCUUGAGUUUGAAGAACUUGGUAAUUAAAUAUUUCCAGAUAUUAUUUCUCCAAGUUCUCGGGGUUCUUUCAGAAGCCUUCAGGAUGUGAGCUGUUAUGCCACAAAGUGUGUUUCCAAGCAAUCCCAGAGAGGGUGAUGGGACCAAAAGAAAUUCAAAUUAUCUGAGCAAUUGAAGAUUGAGAUUGGUUUCUUAGUGGUAGAGGGAAAGGUGUCCUCCUCAAAGGUAAGAUGCUUUGUGUCGUUUUACAUGGUAGGAGAGCAUACACAGAGAGCUAUUAUUUUGGAGCAUUUUAAUCCUGAGACGUGCCCCACCACCAGCUGAACACACAAAACACACCUUGGUGGAACUAAUCCAUUCUGCCAAUUUUCAGGUUAGAACACUUUGUGAUUUUUCCCUUAGCUUUUCUUCAGAUAGCAGCACAUCAGCGAAAAUGAUUGAAAGCGUAAUUGUUGGGAUCUGCAGCAAGCAUUUGAAAGAAAUUCUUUUUAAUAAAUGAAUUACAAAAUAGAAAACAUUGAAUUCAUAAAAGGGUAAGAAUGAGGGUUCUGUGUUUGUUCUAACACCUCCCACGGCAGGAAUUUCCCAUUAAAUUUGAAGCACUCUAACAGGUUUUUACCUAGUCAGAAAUCUUUGGCAUAUUAACGGACUCACAUCAAGGAACUCAAUCAUUUUUCAUUGGCUCCCAAACUUUUUGUGAAUAUUGGAUCUAUCAAAAAAAAUUUCCAGUGGGAAUUCAAGUUGGGAAAAUUGAUAAUUCCUAAACCAGUUGAGAAGGAACCCCACUCUCCAGAGCAACACUCCCUGCAUAUUCCGUUCUGUGGACAAUCAAAACAAAUCAGUAUAAGUGAGGUCAAAUAACCUGGUUUAUUUGCCUUAGGGAUACAGGGUCACAGAUACAUUCAUUAAAAUAGUCUCAUUCCAAAGUCAAAGGAUAAACAAGAGCAAUAUCAUUUCCUGGCUCUUGCCUCUUUCUGGGCUUUCCUUUGAGGAGAAACAGGAAACAGGAGACACUCCCAAAUAUAUUUUUAUAUGUUCAAAUAAUUAAAAUAUUAUAUGUGUAUUUUGAAAUCUUUGAAUUUUAUAAAAUAGGUGAACUCUUCUGUCUUAAUAUUUCCCAACUACAUACCCAAUGAAAUCAAUUCUUUUAUUUAUUGUCCAUCUCAUUGCCAAAGCUCAUAUGCUAUCUUGCUCAUAUUUAGAUGGCAGCUUCAACUUUUAAACUUACAGUUUUUCAUUAAAUUCACAAACAAAGAAUUAUAAUAAUUCUUCCCAAUUCAUACUCAUAAUGCCUUUAAAAGGUGUUCAGAGGGAAAUCUUUUCAUUGUGGCCACCUCUGAAGACCCUGAAUCACUUUUAUUUGUUUUUUAUGUAGAGUACACAUGUUUACAAACAUCUUUUCUUUCCCAACUUAUUUCAAAUACAGUAGAAAUGAAAGUAAUGACUUUGACCUGUGGGUGAUUGUAUUAUCUAUACCAGAACUUAAAGCUAAGGCCCUUUUCUCAAUAGCAGUAGCAUGGUAAAUCUAUGCUGCAUUCAUCAAUGCUCCUCUGAGAAUAGCUUAUCACACAAGUAGAACAUUUGUGGUUACAGAGAGUCCUUUAGGACUUGGAGCUAAUUCUUCCUUUCUGUACCUUUCUCCUAGACUUAUACUACAUAUGUAUCACCUCACCUUAUCCCAUCAACUUUCUAGCUGAUUCUAGAGUCAGUAAUUGCACAAACCAUUGUGCUCUGUUCAAAAUAGUGUAGGAUGCAUCCCUCCAUAAAGCAUCUCCACUUAGGGAACGCAGGUUCCCUAAACAUACACCAAACAAGAUGCUGGAAGGUUAAGAGUGGUGGGGAGGAGGGGAGAUAACGAAGGAAGACCCCUUGGAAUCAGGAUGGAGGUGUGCCUCCAUACAGGCCUGUGACCUUUGACAUGCCAGCAGAUGACUUCAAGUUCUCUUCCAGAACCAGGUCUCAAAUGUUAUUUUAGAGAGGCUCGUGUACAUGGGAGUUGAACCAAACAGUGCUGGUGUACCAUGGUCUCUGUUGAUACAGCCCCGCAAAUCUAAUAGUAGUCUUUGUCACAUGCCUUCGAGAGUUGGCCCCUUGACGUCAAGCAAAUUGGAUACUAGCUCAGAUUUCUUCCAAACCUCAUCAAACACGCAGGCAAGUAGCAAAAUUAUCUUAUGACUUUUAUAAUAUUCUGUACUAUAAUCUUCCAUUGUAGAAAAGUAUCAAGGGACACUCAGAUAACAUUCAUUCAUGUGAUCUGGUCUCCAUGUUUAGAUCUUUGAAAGAUACAGAUGUUCUUAAAUCAUUCUUUGUAACUCAGUCAAGAAAAAAGCCAUAAAACCCUCCCUCGUGGAUGGGAAAGCCAACUGCUAACCAGUAUCUGAGCCCAAAUGCAUUACGGUGACAUCUCAAGUUUUGAACUUCACAUGUCUCUAAAAUGGAACAAGCAAAUAUAUUUGAGCUUUCAAGCCAGUUGCAGCUUCCCAUUGAGAGGAAAGUGCUUCUGUACCCUAGAGCCUGUUACUCAUCCUUGUCUCUCCUUUCCCCUCGUGUCCUGCUAUACCACUUUACCAAAUCAAAUUGCUUUAGUAUCUUAGACACAGUCAUGGCAAAAAAAAUUGAAAGUUUAUUAAAAUGCAAUUAGUCUUGUAGUUAUUCUCCAGCCAAUGCACCCUACCCCAGUCCAGUCUCUGAACAUGACCACCAAAAUGAAUUUGACAAGUAUUCUUAAUUUUUACUGAAUGUUUAUGAUUCUCCUGGAGCCUUUUAACUGUUAAGAUAAUAUUUUCUCAUCCCGUUCCAUGUGGAGCUGUCAUAUAUUGCUUUAAUUGUAUUUCUUCUCCAUCUUACUUGUUGGAGGAUGUUAUCAUUUAUUAUAUUGAAUUUUUAAAGAAAAUUGUUAGAGUAAUGCCUGAAGACACCAUUUUUCCUGCUGGAUGUCAGUGUAUGAGAACACCUUCUUUUUUGCAAAAUUAGCUGAGUAUUUUUCUCCCAGUCUCAGACAUCCUCCAAAGACGGUUCUCCCAACUCCCUAAUGUGCCCUCCUCUUAAGGCGAGGAGGUGAUUGCUUUCCUUUCUGCUUUCCCAUGAUGUUUUUAAUCUACAGAUGGAGUCACAUCUAAUAAUAUCAUUUUUUUUCAGAGACAAGAAGCAUCCCUAAGUGUUUAAGUCCAAACUGAGGUUACCAUUUGCUAACAUAGCAGUAUCUGCUGAGAUCCAUUCCAAAGCAUGUGACAAACGGUAACUCUCAAAGGAUGUUGUUACAAUCCAAACAUUCUUAGCUCCUAUAACAGUAGGAAUAGAAGAGACUGGUCUAGAGUGUUGAUUUCAAGAAUAGAAGACCCAAAACCUUUCUCUGAUUCUCUGAAUAUUAUCAGCCCUCAGUAUAGCUGCACCAGGGUUGCAUAGGCCAUUCCUCAGAUAGUUAUCCUGAGGGGCAGAAACAGGUUAAGUCCUGCCUUGGAUUACUUUUCAUAGGCAAGAAACCUUUCCUCAGAAACCAUCCCUUUUGUCCUGUUGGCCAAGGUUGAGUUAAACAUCCACGCCUUAACCAUUCCUGGAAGAGUAUAGUUCUUGUGCCUGACUUCUAACAAAUAUUACAAUGAAUAUUUACAAUGGAUAUUACAAUGGAGCUAUACAAUGUACAAAAGUUAAUUAACUAAUAAUUGUUUAAUAACAAAAAGAAACUAAGAAUGGCCUUGGGGAGAUAGCCAGUAAUGACUACCCCAUAUUAAACUAUAAAAAUACUUUCCCACUAUAAUAUAAUGCUUUCCCCUAUACUCCAGCCCUAUGAAAUUAUGCUAGCACAAGUAUCAGGACACAGAAGCCCAAAGAGUUUAAAUAACUUACCCAGAUCUAAUAGUUACUGUUAAAGUGGGUAUUCAUUCCCAAUUUUUCUUGCCUCCAAAGACAAAGCUUCUACCUCUCCCAUCCAAUCUAUAUUUAAUUCCUUUGACCUUGAUGAUAUGGGCUUCUAGAGUAUUUAAACGAUAUGUGGAAGAACUUGGAAGAAGACAGCUCUUACACACCGGAGUGAGAUACUGUGCCAAGUAGAUGCUGCUCGGUUUAUUUCUGUUCAUUCUGCCCUCUCUCUACUCCCCACAGAACAUCCUUUCAUUGUUCAAAGAGAGUGAUGAAGAAAAGCCUGUGCAACCACAGAGCUUCGCUGGGCUCCCUUCUUUAGGUUCACAGCAUUAUUAGAGGAUUGAACAACCCAGUUUGGCUGAGUUUGGAAGGUAAACUGCUUUAAAUUAUAGAAUCUCUGCAACCUGGAGGAUACAGGAAAUACCAAUAACUCUACUGAUGGACUUUGUAUUCUGUCCUAGAAAAAAAAUACUUACUUCACUGUGAGCCACUUGUUCUGUCUGGACAGCCUUCACCUCGCACGUCCACUAUGCUUUUCACUGCUCUCUUUAGCCCCUUCAGAAUUGAGCUAUAGACCCUCACUACCCUUAAUUCCAGUAGUCAGGCAUCAUUCCCAAAUAUUCUUAUUGCUACACUUCAAGUUUUACAUCUUAUGGUCAGUGCUAGGAUGCUCUUCCUAGCUCCACCUCAAUGAUAACUUAGAGAACAAGCCACCAGCACCCAAAAUAUCCAUCCAAGUCUCCAUCCUCAUCCCUUCGCCUGCUGGUACUCUUUCAAUUCUUGGAGCAACUCUGUCCAGUGAAACUGGAUAUCAUGUGUAUUUCCAAUACUCUUGUAAAUAUUCUGCCUCUAUUAAAAAAUUCGUCUUUAAGAGUAUACACCCAUUUUCUAAGUCCUUUGUAGAAUCUCAUGAAUAAAAAUCUCUAAACAAAUUAAAACAUAAAAUCAUACUUACAGUGGAGCCCUGGCUGACUCCAUGCCGGGUGGUCAUUGGGAUUCUUUCUCCCACUGGUUUAGUAGGCAGACAUAAUCUUCUAAUACCUCCAUUGAACACAAGCUCUAGCAGAACUGAAUUUUCCCUCCUAAUUGCUUCUUCUUUUCCUUUAUAAAAAAUAGGAACAUUUUCUUCUUUGGUUUAAUUUCUAUUCCUGCCUUAUUAAAAAGUCUUCUGAAUGUAUGUUCUGUGGGUGUUUGAAGUUGCAAUGACAUUGCAUUGCCAAUGGAAACUCCAACAUGAAUUAUAGAAUAAUCAUGGAGGACAUUGUACAACAAGGUCCAUGUCUUCUACCACAUAAAUAGAGACCUGGCACUAGUUAGGAAGAAGGGACAGCUCCUAACACUCACCACUGCUUUUCAAGGAUUGAAAAGCAGGGAAUGUGAACAAUCUUUAUGAACCUCUCAACCACUGACAGUCCUGCUGUGUCCUUACAUGUUUUCGUAAAAGAAACAGACUUCACACACCGUACCUCUCAGUGACAGCCAGCCUCCCCAGUUUUACUGGGUAGUAUAUUUUUCUAUGUAUAUUCUCCCCAAUAUGUUGGAUUUCAGUGUAUUUGAUUUUUCUUUUUUAUCAACAUAUUACUGUCUGAUUUCUUUAUCUUUUUUUAAAAAAAAAAAUAUUCACUGGAUGAAGCUUGAAAUGCAUUUUUGCAGGAAUGCCCCUGAGAUAUUUUUAAGAAAGCCCCUGGAUUAUUCUAACUCAGUGUAGUAAGAAUUGUGUAUCCAAAUAACCUUUUCUAUUCAGAACAUCCACUAUUUUUCUAACAAGGGAAUGCUUAUGAUUUUAUACACAUGUAUUUAUUCACUGUGGCUCAACCCCAUAGUUUAAAAUAAACCAAUAAUUCUCUUGAUAAUAAUAGUCCUCACAUGACACUUUUAAAAGUUCAAGAUUGCCUGAGGCUUUUGGAAAUUCCCAAUGAUCUAAAUACUUACAAGGUCCAAAGAUGCUUUAAUUCUUUAAGGUCAGCUUUUGGUUUUCACCACCAGGCAGCAUGUUGUGCCGUUGUGAUGGACACAUGAUGGCUGAUAUAACGUUGGUGUAUUUAGAAGGUUAAGAUAAGGAAUGAAAAUUAUAGUUUACAAUGCAGUAUAAACAGAAACUGUUUCCGAGAGAAAAGCAUCUGGAUUGAAGAUGGCUCUCUCGAAAUACUUCUCCUGGCUGCCCAUCACCUGUUGGAAAAUUCUUUCACUUCCCUUGAAUUUAACAAGGGGGUUGAAGCUAUGGCGUGGGGCUGGGAAAAUCAAGUCUCAUUAAGCUAGAAACUAAGAAAUGACCAUUGCUGCCGGCAGUGAUUCAAACACCUCUUUGGCAACAACUUCACUAAAAAACUUGGACUGAACCGAACCUUAUCUACACCUGCCAAACAAGAGUCUGCUGCUUUCCUUCAUAGCGUUCUGUGUGAAAUAGCUAUGACUUCCAAAGCAGGUGCUACACAUACGCGGAAAGAAACACACACCUUCUGUUGCCUCUCAGCUAAGUUCACCAAACCUGUCGGAGGACAUUAAGUAGUUGGGUUUUAACGUGGUGUUUUUGAAUCUCCACUAACCAAUUUUACGAUCUACCCUCCUGCCAAAUCUGACUUAGCAAACUCGUUAUCCUGAUUAGUAUUCCACAAUUCCGGCAAAUAAAAGAAUUCCUCUCUGGUUUUCAGAAGGCACACUUCUUGCAUUGCAAGGAAACAGAUAUUUAGUGAUCUUUGAUCUUUGGCACAGCCUUUUCUUCCUAACAUGAGCUGGUAAUGGUUUUUGUAUUCCUAUCAAACCACUAGAGAAACUAAAUGGCAAGGAACACUAUUUCUGAAAACCUGUAGAAAUUUUUUUUAAUGAAAUGGCGCAGGCUUGAACAGGUGCCAAGAAAGGAAAAGAUGGACUCCUUACUUUUAUAACUCAAGAUUUCUAUUUUGUAUCGAUAUAUGCUGCAUUUUCUGACUGAAAUUGCUGUCUGUCUCACAGCAUCUGUGAUCUUCUGUCGCUUUUUACAUCUGAAAUCAAAUUUCAUACAGUAAGCUUGUUUGUCCCUUUUUGUUUGGGAUUCAAUUAGAGUAUUUUGUUUCAUUAAUUUCUUUUUUAUGUGCUAAAAAGCAAGUGACUUAUGCCUUCAUUAUCUCAAAAGCUAUCUGUGGACAAAAUCCAUGAAGCCUGUAGACUGUGAUUUACUCAACUCAAAGGCGGAUCGCCCUGUAAACAGUGAAUUUGUGACUAAGGAAUUGUUCAGUGGCCUCUGAUUCCCAUCCCUUCCCCCCACAUGGCCUUCUUUCUAUUGUGGGUCAUCCAUCGAGUGAUUGUGUACUCCUGUAAAAUACAAAAGUCAAAUCACAUGCUAUCAGGUAUGGACACAAGAGACGCUCGCGCUCUCAGUUUCAGGACUCCCAGCCUCCCUUGCGGUUGCGGGCUGUCCCUCACUCAGCGUUUUUCGUUAACCGUGUGGCUUUGCUCUAAAACACGGCAUUGUUUGCUUCAGUACACAAGAUCUGAACUGUGCAGCAAAAGACAGAAGGCACGUCAGAAAGGCUGCUGUAACUGUGAAACUUCUGAAAUGGAACUUACUGCUGUAAAUAUGUACAAUUUAUGUCAGCAUAUUUCAAUAAAAAAUAUCAAUUACAAAUGGCUACAUACACAAA